UCUCAUAGGAAGUUUUCUGCCCCAAGACACGGCUCUAAAGGGUUCUUGCCCAAGAAGAGAAGCACGCGCCACAGGGGUAAGGUAAAGGCCUUCCCCAAGGAUGACAAGAGCAAGCCAGUGCACCUCACCGCUUUUAUUGGCUACAAGGCUGGCAUGACCCAUAUUGUGCGAGAGGUCGACCGUCCUGGAUCUAAGACCAACAAGAAAGAGGUUGUGGAGGCUGUCACCAUCAUUGAGGCUCCUCCCAUGGUGUGUGUGGGUGUUGUUGGCUACAUCGAGACCCCAACUGGCUUGAGGACAUUUAGGACCGUGUUUGCUGAACAUCUCAGCGAUGAGUGCAGGCGUCGAUUCUACAAGAACUGGUCCAGUUCCAAGAAGAAAAAAGCCUUCACCCAGUAUGCCAAGAAAUGGGCUGACGAGACUGGCAAGAAAGCCAUCGAUACUGACUUGAAGAAGAUCAAGAAGUACUGCCAGGUGGUUCGCAUCCUUGCCCACACCCAGACCAAGUUGCUUCGUAAGCGCCAAAAAAAAGCUCACCUGAUGGAGAUCCAGCUGAAUGGAGGAAGUGUCUCCCAGAAGGUUGACUGGGCUGUUUCCCACUUUGAGAAACCCAUUGAGGUGUCCUCAGUCUUUGAGCAGGACGAGCUUAUUGACUGCAUUGGAGUCACCAAGGGUCAUGGAGUUAAAGGUGUGACUUCCCGUUGGCACACAAAGAAGCUGCCACGUAAGACCCAUAAAGGUCUGCGUAAGGUUGCCUGUAUCGGAGCCUGGCAUCCUAGCCGAGUGCAGUACUCUGUGGCCAGAGCUGGUCAGAAAGGUUACCACCACCGCACGGAAAUCAAUAAAAAGAUCUACCGCAUUGGUGCCGGCAUCCACACACACGAAGGCAAGGUUAUCAAGAAUAAUGCAGCCACCGAGUUUGACCCCACUGAGAAGACUAUCACCCCGCUGGGUGGGUUCCCCCACUAUGGUGAGGUCAGGAAUGACUUUAUCAUGCUCCGAGGCUGUUGUGUGGGUCCUCGUAAGAGGGUCAUUACUCUCCGCAAGUCUCUGAUGACCAGUUUCCGUCGUCGUCUCAUGGAGAAGAUCACCCUCAAAUUCAUCGAUACCUCCAGCAAAUGGGGUCAUGGUCGUUUCCAGACUCCAGAGGAGAAGCGCUCCUUCAUGGGUCCACUCAAGAAGGAACUUUUGCUCAAGGAGGCUCCUGUUGCACCUUCUUAA